GUUUUCUUUUCAUCAUUUUAUAAACAUAAAAAAAAAUGGCAAUGCAUCUGACUAUUUUACCUGAAUUUGGAUGGUCUAUCAAUGGACAACAUGUUUAUGGUCCUGGAUCUGUUUUUCAGGGUUUUGUUACUGUUAAAAAUAUGCCUUCCCACAGCCGCAUUACCAAGAUCAAACUCGCCUUUUCAUGCGUAGAGACUAUUUUACCUUACACAAUCACACCGGGUAUAGUUCGUUCUACACGUAAACCUAUCUUCUCAGUCGCGAAAAUAUUGCAAUGCGAUAGUACUGCAUCUGCAAAAUCCACCUACACGUUUCCCUUCACACUUCAAUUACCGAUGGUACAAUUCCCUCCUUCUGUGAAACAAUUUUACUACCAAUGUGAGUACAAACUGGUAGCUACUGCGGUUGACAUGCAUCUGCCAGAUAAGAUCGAGAUACCCGUUGUCUAUAUGCCAUUUAUAGAAACCAGCUUACUAAAAUCUUCCAUGCUAUUGAACACAACGAUCAACAAGGAAUUGGCUGCUGCAAUCAAGUUAUAUACUCUAAACUUUGUGCCAGGUGACUACUUGAAGGCCAACAUAAAAAUUAACAUGUCGACACCAGAGAAAAAAUAUAAGGAUAUGACAGUAGUAACAGAAUUAAAACAACUGACAACUAUUCUUGCGUUUCAUGAUGUGCCAGAUCAGGUGAAAACCGUUUGUUCCCAAACACAGGCUCUGGCAAUGACAUCCAAGAACACUCCUUCCACAACUGAUAUCGAAUUAUUACUGCCGGCCGAUCUCACACCAUCGUUUGUUGGUAAUUUAGUGUCGGUAUCGUAUACAUUGCAUAUUCGAUUGGAGCAUAAGGGGUCACUUUCAAGUAUAUGGAAACAGGCGCUCAAAGUUAUCAAGAUCCAGGUGGUUGUAGGUACUUUGGGCUAUGGCAUACGAUCUUCCGAUGCGUUGGAAAGUUACACACACUGGAAUGACGAUUCCUCUGUUGAGUCUCCUAUGCCGUCUCCAAUUUUUAUGGAUAGUAUUGAAUAUGAAGAUGCUUUACCGCUCUAUGAAUCGAUUAAAUUACCGUGUUAUGAAGGACCUACGCAGUGCAGUAGUAACUAAUGAUGUUGAUACAUGAUUGCUCCCUCACUUUUGUACAUUUAUUUCUUUUAAAAAAAAGCCCAUUGUAAUUUUAAAUACUUGUAGUAUUAUACUAUAUCCCAUAUGUUAUGCCCAUAUACCUUAAUAAAAAUAUAAAGAAUUUACGCCUAUGCAAAAA